AUGAAAGCAAUACAAUGGUUUGCUUUUGGAGAUGAUGAUACUAUUUGGUUCUUAAACAAUCUUUUGCAGACAUUACAACAAUAUAAUGUAUCUAAUUCGAUCUAUUUAGGUAAUAUUUCUGAUAAAUUAGGAGCUGUUCAAUAUCAUGGAACUUAUUACGCUUAUGGAGGUGGUGGUUUUGUUUUAAGUCGACCUUUAGCAUUACGAGCAGUACAACAUAAUAAAGAUUGUCAACGAUUUACAAACAUGUGUGGUGGUGACGAGAUGAUUGGUAAGUGUAUUACUGAAGUAUUAAAAAUAAAUUUGACACGCAACAAUCAUUUUCAUCAAAUGGACCAUGACGGAGAUAUGGACGGCUAUUUGGAAAGUGGCAUAGAAGGACUCGUUUCUUUACAUCAUAUUUUCUCUUAUUGGGAACCAUUUCCUGAAGAAUACACUACCCAUCCGCACGAGACAAUGUAUCUUUUGAAACUUGCUUAUCAAACAUUUGGUAAUCAUUUUUUGAAAAGAUACGUCUGGCUGGAUUGUCGAACUAAUCGAACGUUUUUAUUGACAAUGGGAUAUUCAUUUAGUUUAUUUAAUCGAAUAUUAACAUAUGAAGAACUAAUGAAAGUGGAAAAGACAUGGUGGUGUUGUAGUGAGUUCGUCGGUAGAGAAACAAGACCAAAAGAAAAGAAUAAAAUGACUUGGUAUUUUCGAGCUGUAACAAAUGAAACUAAGAACAUUGUGAGUGGAUAUGGAGCAGUUUAUGAAAACAAACAGAAAGAUAGAAAUGUUCAGAUUCCUAGGAUAGAAAUUAUUUUAACAAAUUGA